GUGCAACCACGACUUCAUCCCACAUACCCAACAAUUUUCGCAAGGCUACUCCUUUUGUGCCUGGAUGUUUAAAAUCGUGGCCAGUCCUUCGUGAUGGCUGAGGUGGAUGUUGCACCUACGUUUGGUGCCGAGUUAAAGGAUGGCUUCAAACCGGCAAAUGUUUGGGUGGCCAACGGUAUCGCGUGGCUUGACGAUAUCCAAAGUUUCUACCGGGAGCGGAGCGUCAUCGAAAAGGAGCAUAGCGCAAAGCUGAACGCUCUAGCUAAGAAGUAUUUUGAGAAGAAAACUAAAAAGUCGGCUAGUUUGAGUGUUGGCGACACGCCUGCUAUGACUCCAGGAUCCCUCGAGAACGCAUCUCUUACUAUAUGGACGACCCACCUUACUACCCUCGAAUCGAUAGCCAGCGAGCACGAGAAAUAUGCGAACGACCUCAUACAAAAGGUGGCAGACCCAUUAAAAUACUAUUCUGGCAGAUUUGAUGAGUUGCGGAAACGCCAUGUCGAAUACGCCGCGAAAUUGGAAGCUGAGAGGGACUCCUCGUAUGCCGAUUUGCGGAAAACCAAGACUAAAUACGAUGCUGCGUGCCAAGAGGUGGAGAGUAAGCGGAAGAAGACUGAGUCUGCUUUCGACAAGGCAAAAGCUCAAAGCCAAUACCAGCAGCAGCUCCAGGAUAUGAACAAUGUCAAGAACACAUACUUGAUAGCUAUCAACGUGACAAAUAAGCAGAAGGAGAAGUACUAUCACGAAUACGUUCCCGAAGUGCUAGAUAGUCUCCAAGACCUUGCGGAAUUUCGAACUAUGAAAUUAAAUGCAUUAUGGUCCACGGCAGCUAGUUUGGAAACAACGUUGCUACAGCAGAGUAAUAGUCUGGUUGAUCACUUGGCCCAGGAGAUCACUAGGAAUCAACCUCAUUUAGACUCCAUGAUGUAUAUCCGGCAUAAUAUGGGUUCGUGGCAGGAACCGACCGACAAAAUGUUCGAACCCAGCCCUGUAUGGCACGAUGACGAUCUUAUGAUAACGGACGAAAUAGCGAGGGUGUUUUUACGCAAUGUCCUAAACAAAUCUAAAAGUCAACUAGGAGAUCUUCGACGAGAAGUCGAUAAAAAGAGGAGGGAAGUCGAGGGUGUUAAGCGUAUUAAACAAAGGAUACGUGAAGGAAAAGAGAAUAAGGACGAGGUACAAGUCGUCACUCAAAUUUUCUCUAUGCAAGAAGAUUUACACCAAGUCGACCGCCGACGUCUGACCGCCGAAGUUGAGACUUCGACCAUUACAUCAGCAGUCGGAGAUGUUACCCUCGGGGCCAAAAACCAUAAUUUUAAGUCGCAAACGUUCAAAAUACCAACUAAUUGUGACCUAUGCGGUGAACGAAUAUGGGGUUUAUCUGCAAAGGGUUUCGAUUGCAGGGAUUGUGGUUACACAUGUCAUAGCAAAUGUGAGAUGAAGGUUCCCGCUGAAUGUCCUGGCGAGUUAUCAAAAGAGGAGCGCAAGAAGUAUAAGGCAGAGCGACAAACAGCGGCGGGUGCUUUACUGAAACCUCCCACUGGCACGCCAGACCAUGUCGCAGAACUACCCGCCCUAAGUCGAUCCAAUACGAUGAAUUCCCUAAGUUCUGGGUACGCAGCUAGCGCAAAUCGAUCAAUAAGUGGUUCAGUAGCAAGCCCACGAACUCCAGCUGAGGAGCUACCCGCCGAACCUUCUGCUCCUCGACCUGCAGUGAAACCAAAAAGUCGCCUUGUUGCUCCGCCACCUUCUGCCUACAUCAGCGAGUUGCCAGGUAGCACUAUCCCAACCAAGCCUGCUACUGAACAAAAGGGCAAAAUGCUCUACGCAUUCGAGGCAAAUGGUGAUGGCGAGAUUUCCGUCCCAGAUGGACGGGAAGUUACCAUUGUCGAACCUGAUGAUGGUUCCGGAUGGGUGAAAGUUCGUGCUGGCUACAAAGAAGGGACAGUACCUGCAUCUUACCUCGAAAUUUAUCCUGAGCCAAUUGUACCCCAGGACACUGGCUCUUCAUUUGGCAAUCGUCCUGCGUCUACCUAUUCGAAUUCGGGCUCGUCAGUGAACACAGUCGGACUGCCUGUCAAAAAGAAAGGCCCGGCCGUAGCACCGCGUCGUGGUGCCAAGAAAUUGAAAUACGUUGUUGCGCUUUAUGAUUACACAGCACAGAGCGAUACCGAACAUAGCAUGGCGGAGGGUGAGCGAUUCGUGCUGAUUAAAGAAGAUCCGGGCGAUGGUUGGGCCGAAGUCGAAAAAGGCGGUGCGACCAAGAGUGUACCAGCAAGUUACGUACAAGUAGCAUAAGACUACGUUGGGCGAUGCGCGUCGUUCUUAUAUAUCGAACGGCUACCAAUGUUUCCAAUUAGGAAAUAGCAAAAAUAAAAUGCCAAACGAUUUCCAACGGUAUGGUAUGGAAGAGCAUUGGAUAGAGAGCAAGAUGUGUACCUACCUAUAUAUUAAGAAGCGGUAUUGAUAAAAUAUCGGGCUACAAGAUAACACGAUACAUCGGCGCCUAAGACUUCACAUUCGAGAUGAAAACUUCGUGCGGCCAUGAUUGGUUGUUCGUUGCCUACGCCAAUUUCUCGAGAUUAAAUGUUUAAAGCAUCAUAUAAUUUGUUUUCGAGUUCUAAAGAAAAUAUGAAUUGUUGGAAAGUCUGGUCGGGCAUAUCCCGAAGAUCGACAGUCGCAUUUUCACGAUCAAUCAUUUCCCCGGACCGAAUGCACAAGUGAAUACGAUCUAAUCAAUCUGAUUACUACCUAUAAUGUGAAUUCAUUCCAAGGUGAGCAAGUUUUAAGUACUAAUCGCCUUGCCUCUUAGGUCUUGAUACAUGUAAUGCGCAUGUAUAUCCUCAUUCUACGUCUCGUCCGAUUUUUGUAGGGGCCUCAUUUAUUCGAGAUGA